CCCGGAGUGUGUCAAGUGUCAAAGGUGAGAGCUCGGCCUGACAGCCAGUAUGUUAAGUGUAACCAGAUCAGCAUCAGCCCCGAAUUUCAGCGUGCGGUCCGUUGGAACCUGUUCUUCAAAGUCCCGAUACGGGGUGGAUUCCAGUUUUCAUGAUUACGAUCUAACACAGCGGAGGUACGAGGAGGAGUAUGUCGAGAGGGGCACAAGCGCCUAUAAUUUCCAAGAAGGGCGAGAGCCCUCCAAAUGCCUUUUCCGCACCUAUGUCUGCCUUCUGCUCGUCCUCCAGGUGACCCUUGCGUCGCUGCAGUGGCUCGGCUCCACGUACCGCUGGCGACCUCAACUGAAUCCUGCCAACCGCAGCCUGUCCGCCCUUCUGCUCCUGCUCUCGUGGAUCAACAUGACGUUGGCCUUCAUCGGGUUCCGUAGGCUGCAGUUUACGUUCCCGCUUAAUUGGAUUAUCUUUGGCUGCAUCUUUGAAAGCCUUACUCUGCUGGUGGUGUGUCUGCACAUCCUCGAACAGGAUAUCACUUGGCCGUUUGUAUUGAUUGGCAUUGGUGUUUUGGUUGUCUAUACGCUGCUAGGGCUGUGGGUACCUGCAAUUCUCACCGCCAAUCUCUGGAUUCUAAUACUGGAGAGCCUUUUAGUCGUCGUGGUAUCUACCGUAGCUUUGAGCGUCCGUCUACGGAUGCAGUACUACGUGCCCACGAGCAUAUGCUUAGUGUUCUUCGGGCCCUGGGUCAUGUACAAUUCCCAAAAGCUCUUCCUACCCCGACAGCGAACCAGCUACCUGUCCCACCAGUACUUGGAGGCGGCCAUCAGGAUGUACAUCACUUACGCUUUUACAGUGAGCGGCAUUGUAUUUGCCCAUCGCUUUUCGGUCGACCAAUUGGAUGCCAAUGGAUAGGACAUGGUGGUACCUAUGGCUAUGAUUUUAAUGGUUACAGAACUGGGGCUGAUCUUAUUUGUUUUUUAGGUUUUUUGUAACUCUUUCUAAGUGCUAAGUGCAAUUAAAUUUAAUGUCGCUUGUUUA